AUGAGCGGCUCCUGCCUGGGGCUGCGCAGGGGCUGCGUCCUGCUGUCCGUCAGCGCCGCCGCGCUGCUGCUGCUGCUGCUGCCGCGGGGGCAGCGCCCCGCCGCGCCCCGCCGCCCGCCCGCCGGGCCCAGCGCAGCCCCGCCGCAGCGGGCGGGCCCCGGGCCGCGGGCGGGGGGGCCCGGGGCGGGCGGGGGCCCGGGCGGCAGCGCGCCGCCCGCGCGGAGGGGCCGGCCCGCGGCGGGCGGGGACAGCCUGGCGCUGGAGGACAUCUUCAUCGCCGUCAAGACUACGCGGAAGUACCACCGGAGCCGGCUGGACCUGCUGCUCCAGACCUGGAUCUCCCGGGCCCGGGGGCAGACGUUUAUAUUCACGGACUGGGAGGAUCGGGAGCUACGCCUGAAGGCAGGGGAUCAUAUGAUCAACACCAACUGUUCUGCUGUCCAUACCCGGCAAGCUCUCUGCUGCAAGAUGUCUGUGGAAUAUGAUAAAUUCCUGGAAUCUGGGCAAAAAUGGUUUUGCCAUGUGGACGAUGACAACUAUGUGAACCCACGGACACUCCUGCGUCUCUUAUCUGCCUUCUCGCACAGCCAGGAUGUCUAUGUGGGGAGACCGAGUCUGGACCAUCCCAUUGAGGCAGCUGACCAUGUCCAAAGUGAUGGAUCAAAGACAACCGUGAAAUUCUGGUUUGCCACAGGUGGAGCAGGGUUCUGUAUCAGCAGAGGUCUUGCCCUGAAGAUGAGUCCCUGGGCCAGCCUGGGUAAUUUCAUCAGUACUGCAGAAAGAGUGCGUCUUCCUGACGACUGCACUAUUGGCUACAUCAUUGAGGGGCUGCUGGAGGUGAAGCUGCUCCACAGCCCCUUGUUCCAUUCCCAUCUGGAAAAUCUGCAGAGGCUACAGGGCGAGUCUGUGCUGCAGCAGGUAACCUUAAGUUAUGGGGACCCUGAGAACAAACACAAUGUUGUGAGUGUGGGAGGAGUGUUUGGCCUUCAGCAAGAUCCAACCCGAUUUAAAUCUGUCCAUUGUCUGCUGUAUCCUGACACUAUGUGGUGCCCUGCGAAGAAGAAGUCAUAAUUCUUUAGGAGUCAUUGACACCUGCAUCCUGCCCCGUUUGUGUAAGACAGGAGUUGUGGUGAACUCUUCUUUUCUUUUCUUUUUUCUUUUUCUUGUUCUUCUGGGAGACAUCCGGUGGUAUUUACAGAGGAGGUGGAUAGACUCUCUCUACAAAAGCAAGAAGGUGUGGUUUGUUCUGCUGCAGCCCGGGUCAUUCCAAGAGGAAUCCUUGUUCUUUUGUCCAGUGGCUCUUUGUAUAAUGACUACAGUCGUGUGUGAGUUCACUUUCCACUUUUGUCUGAUGUCCUGUGAGUCCGCGCUUGGACACAUCCUGGGCAAACGCAGUAUGGGAACAGCAGCAUUCUUACUGCUGUUUGGGGCUUUAGAGGCUCUUGUCUUGAAGCCGGAGUGCUGUAGCAGACUGUAGUCCCCAUGGUGACAAGAGAGGGGAAGUUUUCACUUGUCUUUCUUGGGAAGAGGAUGAUUUAAGAGCUUCUGUGGCCUGCCAUAUUAAAACUCCACCUGUGGGCCAGAACAGGGUCUGUUAAUAAACACCAGAAAACCUGGAAUCACCAGGGUAAACAAGGCUGAAAGCCUUUGUUGGGGAAACCCCCUGCGCAAGGGGUAAGCUCCCUCAGGAUGGGAUCAGAGUUGCCUACAGCGCAUGUUGUCCCCUGUAGUCCGUGUGUACCUCCCAUGGAGGUGAUUGUCAGACUUGGCUCUCAGCAGCUGAGUUGCAGUGAGUUUUGAUUAUGAUGGUGGUCUGCUAGGUCCAAGGCCCUUCCCUUGAUAUCUGAUACUGCAGAAACACUUGCCAGACUCGGUGGUAAUCAUUUCCCGGCUCUGCCCGGGGGGCUGUGUGAGCCAGAGCAUCCUCGCGGCGGAUGGAACGCCCUGUUCCUGAAGCUGUGGGUGAGCGAGGAGGAAUGCCUCCAAGCCUUAGUGCCCUGAGGAAGUUUUUGAUGGUAUCAUUUGAAGACCUUUAAUUACAUGACUGUGGUUACUCCAGCUUCUUCAGAUAAUAUUUUGAUUGCCUUGAGGUCUAGAUCAGUGUUUAUUUUUACUCUGCUUCUUAAUGUUUCAAUAACUAGUUCAUGCAGUCACUAAAAGGAGACUGCACACUUGCACAAAGGCAGAAGUUCCGUGCUGUAGCAGUAUCACCUGCUGCUGCUUUUUAAAUGAAGUAAAAGCUUCUCCUGUAGCAGAAACUAUAGCUGUGAAACUUCAUGCGUUCUUGAUGAGAUUUUUGUCUUCAAACACUGAUUCUGAACUCUUCUGUUGGAGCUUUUCUUCCAUGGGUAGUAGCCUCUUGCAAGAUACCACACACAGCGUGGACUGGGUGGUGAUUAAGUAGCGAACUGCAGUUCAAAAAUGACAACAGUUGGUAUGGAUGGCAGCAGAACUGAGCAGUGUAAGUGUUGCGCUGUAGUCACUGGUCGCAUAACCUGGUGUGCUAAGGAGGUGCUGUACUCUGAGCUGGUGGGGUGUUUAUUGACCUGAAAAAGGACCACGUUCUCCUGCAUGGCAGUACAGAACCUUUUAAAUGCAUUCAAGCUUCUUUUAAGGUUUCCUGUGUUGACAAUACAGUAGGCUGUGUGGAUAGAUCAGGAUGUAGCUUUUUAAGCAAACUACUGUCUCGUACAUAAAGUGAUUCUACAAAAUAAAUAUUUAAAGAUGUCA